AUGGCUGCCGAAAGAAGGGAAGUGAACAUUAUGUCGGUGGAGCUUGCAAUUCAGAGGGAAUUAGCAUACAGGAAAAGGGUUGCUGGCUUCUUGUCCAAGGAGGAAAAGGCAAACCUUUUACCAUUGAAGCGUGCUGUAUUAAGACAAGACCUCAAAUGUGAUAAAGCAUCAGAGCUGGAAAAGGAUGGCUGGAAGCUUGUAAAGAUUGAUGAGGGAGAAAGGAUUCAACGUCCGGCAUUGGAAGGUCCAAAGCUCAAAAUGCAAGCUGAAAAUGGAAGAUCGCUCGCUUACCUUUUAUCAAGUAGUACCAUCUUCAAGUGCAAAUACAAAUCCAGUUCCAGACUAACACAUUUCUUUGUAAGAAAGGGUGCAAUGUCACUACCAAAGCCAGGCUGCAGUAAGCCGCCUUCAUUCUCAAACAGAACCAUUCCCUCAGCAAAUGCAAUGCCGAUUUCAGUCCCUAUUCUGAAAACAUCCAAAGCAGUGUCAACUGAGAACCAGAAAACAUCACAACCUGGAAUCAGAGUGCAUUCUCCAAGGAAAGAAUAUAUCAGCAGCCUAAACUGCCUCCAAAAACCAACUCCCUACCCAGAUGCUGUUCGUGAUGGAUCGCUUUACUUAUUCUGUAACCUUUGCAAAGUGGAAUGCUCGGGUCCGUUCAGUUACAAACAACAUUUGAAAGGCCAAAAGCACAGGUCUAACCUGCGAUUCCAGCCACUAUGCAUUCGUGAAAACUCAGCUAACACUGCGGCUGCAAGGAAGAUGAGAAACUGUGAGCUGUGUGAAAUCUGGUGCUCGGAUGAAGAUCAUUUACAGGUACAUUUCAAAGGUCGAAAACACCAGGAGAAUUUGCUGGGUGAUCAGAAACAGAAUUCAGCACAAGAGCAGCAGCAGCUUUGGUGUGGUUUAUGUGAAGUUCCUUGUAUUGAUCAACAGUCAUAUGAGUUACACUUGAGGGGAAAAACUCAUGCAUUUCACCUUUGGGCUUUAGAAACCUCAUCAGGGAAAGAAAAGACCAAUGCCUAA